AUGAAUGACGAUGUUUCUAAUACGUUAAAUGGAUGUAGUAGUAGUAGUACUACUACUACUACGAGCACUAAUACAACUACAAACCUCCCUGACUACUCACGACGCACAACAGUAGCUUCUCAAUGGCCUGUGGAUGUUGAUCUUGAUGCGCUUUAUCUCUCGGAUCGUGCUGAAAUUGAUGAACUUGUUCGAAAUGCUUCACUUCUAAGUGUAUGGACAGUUGAAAGUCGAAAAGAAAAUGCAAUUGUCUAUCUUCAUUCUAAAAAUACAGAACGUCUUUCGUAUUCCGUACGUGCUGUGACAAAAGUAACAGGUUCCGUUGCUGAUGUGCUUGAAUGUCUACGAGCUGUGGAUAAUACGAGUCUAAAAGGAUAUCAAAAACUACUUCAUCCACGUAAUUUCCUAGAUGGAGAAGUAUUAUAUACCCAUCAUGCAGACACGACAUUGGGUCAAGAAGGAGCGCGAUUGGAAUCCAUGACAUUAAAAUGGCUUGUCUACUCUUCACCUAAAACACUGGGACGGUCUAAAGAAUUUUGUAUUCGAGAAUAUGCUGUACUCUUACCAAAUCAUCCACUCUAUGGCACCGUUGGUGUCUUGAAAUUUGAAUCCUAUGAUGGACCAGCUGCACGCUAUGGCAUUCGAGGGAAAUCCGAUGCAUACAGUCUAACUGUCUUUGAACCAAGCUCGUACGUUGUACAGCAGACUCCAGAAGAUCCCAAUAUGGUUACUGUCACACUCACUUUUGCAAUGCGCAAGGCAAGGGGAGAUGAAAGUGUGUCUGCUGGAGUUCGACUCACGUCACUUCGACUUGCUGGAGGUCUCUCGGGCAUGCAGAAGGCAGUGCAACAAGCAUUUUUUGCCCCAGCGGCACUAGCACAACGACAGGAAUGGGUCAAUGAUGCGCAACGGGCCAACUGCUCGCUCUGUGUGCAAUCUUUUGGCAUGUUAAAACGACGUCAUCAUUGCCGAGUGUGUGGAGAAGUCGUGUGCUCGGCAUGCACGGUGUUCAAGAUGGUUAAAGGCGAUCAAGACGUGGCAGCAAAAGUACGCGUGUGCAAGGCGUGCUUAGCAAAGAGUGCCAGCGUCAAUGGCAAUACGAAUUUUGGAAGUACGAUGGUUGGUGGCAACAUGAAUUUUGGAAGUACGAUGGUCGGUGGAUUUUCGAAUUCUUCAGGCCGGAUCCUCAGUAGCAAUAGCACGGAGUCAGAGAGCAAUGGAGGUACGGGGACUACCCCACUUUUAAAUGGGCUGGGUAUUGGCUUAAGUAUUGGUAGUACAAGCUCCUUGACUUCAGAUGAGUCAUACAGUCCACCGAAUGAGAAUCCGGCUUUGACGACUCCUCCUACGAUGCCAGGCAACAAGGGCUCAGCUUUGUCUUUAAACGAUUUUGAUGUGAUCCCGCAAAUGAGCGACGACGGAGGUAGCAGCCCACCUCCUUUUCACAAACAGACAGCAUCAACGUCAAGUCAAGGUAGGGGAACGGGCAGUGAAAGCAGGCCGACCGAUUCGAUGGGAAGGACUGCAUCGAAUGCUAGCACUGCUACUAGCAGGAAGAAGAGCUCGGAAUGUCGCAUCCAUUACUUUAAUGAGGACAUGGAGGAGAUAUGUAUGUUGGCUAUGGAAACGUUGACUUGCCCAAUGGCCGGUAUUCGUACCGAAGAUUUUGAGCUUGUGAGAUACUAUGACGGUAAGCCGGCACCAGGUCUACCUCGAAGUUUGCCGACCUUCCGGCGACUGGCAACCCGUGGCAAGCCUUGCAUCGUGCUUGACGUGAGCUCGGAUAAACGAAUUUCAGGUGAAAAGCGUUUUACAGCUAAGUUACAGUUCUUCGUUGGCAUUCCGUUGCUGGUGAACGGUGAAGUGGUAGGUGACUUGUGCGUGGCAGACCGAUAUGCUCGCGACAAUAUCGACCACAAGCAAGUGGAGGUGCUCAAUGUAUUAGGCGAGACAGUCACGCAAUAUAUGCAGUCAGACGAGUAUCAGGAGGACCUGGUGGAGUUUAAGGCGGCGACAAAGGUGGCACGUAGGCCCCCUACGACUAGUCUAGCUUCCUCUCAGCCGGUUGACGAAGAUUUUCAUCGACUCCUGUUUGCUUAUGCUGCGAUCUCAUUGCUUCUUGUCACGCUUUUGCUCUCUUGUCAACACUUGUAG